AUGAGGCUUGAGCUGACCUUUCUUCUACACCUCAUGCUGUUGAGACCCCAGGGUGCCCAGGACGCCUGUGAUGCCAGUUCUUGCCACCCGGCCAUCGGAGACCUCCUCCUGGGUCGCAGCAAGCAGCUAACGGCCUCGUCAACCUGUGGCAUGAAYGGCCCUCAGAAAUACUGCAUCGUAGGCUACCUUGAGGCUGACCAGAAGUGCUUUCUUUGUGAUUCCAGACACCCAUAUAAUUCCUAUACACAGCACAACAGCCACAUGAUUGAAAAUGUUAUCACAACUUUUGAGCCUGACAGGAAAAAGAAAUGGUGGCAGUCAGAAAACGGCAUUGACCAUGUCAGCAUUAGAUUGGACCUAGAAACUGUGUUCCAGUUCAGCCAUCUUAUCCUGACUUUCAAGACAUUUCGGCCUGCAGCGAUGCUGGUUGAGCGCUCCACAGAUUUUGGUCAGAGCUGGAAAGCGUUUAGGUAUUUUGCCCAGGAUUGUGCAGCUUCUUUUCCCAACAUCUCUUCUGGUCCAGCAAAAGGUGUGGGAGACAUUGUUUGUGACUCCAGAUAUUCUGACAUCGAGCCCUCCACUGAAGGAGAGGUUGUCUUAAAAGCUUUGGAUCCUAGCUUUGAAAUAGAAAAUCCACAUGCGCCAUAUAUCCAAGAGUUCAUUACUUUGACAAACCUAAGGAUAAAUUUUACUAAACUCCACACCCUUGGGGAUGCUCUGCUUGGAAGAAGACACAAUGAUCCCCUUGACAAGUAUUACUACGCUGUCUAUGAAAUGGUUGUGCGUGGCCAUUGCUUUUGCAAUGGUCACGCCAGCCGGUGUGAUCCUGUGGAGAGCCUGCGGGGAGAUGUUUUCCAUGAGCCUGGAAUGGUCCAUGGGAGAUGCAUCUGCCACCAUAACACCGCUGGCGUGGCCUGUGAAAGAUGUAAGGAUUUCUACAACGAUGCUCCCUGGAGACCUGCUGAAGGGAAGCAGGAUAACGCUUGCAAACAGUGCAACUGCAACGGCCACUCUGCCAGCUGCCACUUUGACAUGGCAGUGUAYGAGGCCAACGGUGGUGACAGCGGAGGUGUUUGUGAAGACUGUCAGGAUAACACCAUGGGGCAACACUGUGACCAGUGCAAACCCUUUUUUUAUCAGGAUCCACUCAAAGUCAUCUCRGACCCUCACGUCUGCCUCCCCUGUGACUGUGACCCAAAAGGCACCUUGCAGCCCGGCUUGUGUGAGCGCCGCACAGACCCUCUUCUGGGAACUGUUGCUGGUCGAUGUCCUUGCAAGGAGAAUGUGGAGGGAGCCCGCUGUGACAAGUGCAGGCCAAACUACUAUGGCCUGAGUGUCGAUGACCCUCUAGGCUGCCAGCCCUGCAACUGCGAUCCCUCGGGCACCCUGCCCUUCUCCAGCUGUGACGCCGUGACUGGCGAGUGCCUCUGCCAGCGGCGGGCCACCGGCCGGCGCUGCCACGAGUGUGUCCCAGGAUACUGGGGCCUUGGCAAGAGCUUGUAUGGCUGCUUUCCAUGUGACUGUGACAUUGGGGGAUCCCAGAAUAAUUUGUGCUCGCCAAAGGACGGUCAGUGCACGUGUCUUCCCAACAUCGUGAGCCRCCAGUGCAACAAACCAGCUGCAGGCUACUUCUUUUUACCCCUGGAUUAUUACAUUUAUGAAGCUGAGCAUGCCAAGGCCCUUUCUGGCUCUGCACCUUUGGUUAAACCAACAACUCUUCCAAGGUGUGACAUCUAUUUCCAAAAGCAAGGAUACGAGUUCACAAUAGAAAAYGGAAAGAUUGUUUUAAAGAGAAGCAAGAAACGAAGUGUAAGAAAAGCAGGAUUGGAAGAGGGCACGGCUCAGCUGGGGCAGGAUUCCGCUGUGGAUGUGGUUUUCAGGCAGCCCAGGCCUGGCAGACCCGUCACGUGGACAGGACCCGGCUUUGCCCGGGUUUCCAGGGGAGCUGGACUGAGAUUUACCAUCAACAACAUUCCCUUCGCUAUGGACUUCGAUAUCCUCGUCCGCUACGAGCCGGAGUCCUUGGAAGACUGGCUAGCAAGAGUUACCAUUCAACCCAAUGGUAUUUUGUCAAGUCAACGCUGCAAAAACAAGGCCACUUCACAGGACUCACAUGCACUGGCUCUCCCUGCAGUGAAAAGACUUGCUCUUCUACAAAAGCCAGUCUGUUUGGAGCCAGGAACAGAAUAUCUUGUGGAUGUUUAUUUUUCUCAGCCAUCUGCCCCUGACCCAAAUGUUAAAUCAUUCAUCUUGAUCGAUUCACUUGGACUUAUUCCCAGAAUCGGCUCCGUGGAGAACUUGUGCAGUAAAGAAGAUUUAGAGGAGUACCAGCAGUACCACUGUGUUGAAGCUGCCGCCGAGGUCGGCGCAGAGCUCCUGCCGGCCGCGUGCGCGCGGCUCAUAGCGAGCCUCUCGGCGCGCAUCCAUAACGGAGCCGUCGCCUGCAAGUGCAGUCCCCAAGGGGCGCUGGGUGCCUCCUGCACGGAACUCGGGGGCCGGUGCCAGUGCAAAGCUAAUGUCGUGGGCCGCUGCUGCGACACGUGCGCGCCGGGGAGCUACGGCUUCGGCUUCCAUGGCUGCUACCCGUGCGAAUGCCACCCGCGGGGCUCGCUGAGCGGCCUGUGCGACCAGGCGACGGGGCAGUGCUCCUGCCGGCCGGAGGUCGCGGGCCAGCGCUGCAGCCGCUGCCUUCCCGGCUAUUUCGGCUUCCCCGCCUGCCGCCCGUGCUCGUGCCACGGCCACGCGGAGCUUUGCCACCCCGUCACAGGAGCGUGUCUCAACUGCGGAGGCUUUACGGCUGGAAGCCGCUGCGACAGGUGCAUGGAUGGCUACUAUGGAAAUCCUGUCCAAAGAGAGCCCUGCCGCCCUUGCAUGUGCCCAGAGGCACCUACAAGCGGGAGAUAUUUUGCACAUUCCUGUUACCAGGACUCCCAGACUUCACAAUUAGUCUGCAAUUGUAUCAAGGGAUACUCAGGCAAUCAGUGCGACGAGUGUCCUAGUGGGUUCUACAGAAAUCCAGGAAACCCUGGGGCUGAGUGUGUGCCAUGUUCCUGCAACAACAACAUUGACGUGACAGACCCCGAAUCCUGCGACAGGGUCACUGGAGAAUGCACCAAGUGUUUACACAACACCCAUGGAGCAAACUGCCAGCUCUGCAAACCGGGAUAUUUCGGCUCUGCUCUCCAUCAGGACUGUCGAAGAUGCAGGUGCAAUGCUGCCGGUGUGAGCCCUGCCGCGUGCCCGGCUGGCAGCGAGCCCUGCGUGUGCCACCCGGCCACGGGGGCCUGUCCCUGCCUGCCCCACGUGCUGGGCAUGACCUGCGACCAGUGCGCCCCUGGAUACUGGCACGUGGCACAUGGCAGAGGAUGUCAGCCCUGCGGCUGCAGUCCCAAGAAUUCCCAAGGUCACCAGUGUAACCAGUUUACAGGCCAGUGUCCAUGCAAGCCAGGCUACAGUGGGAGACGUUGUGAUGAAUGUGAGGAAAAUUACUUUGGCAAUCCACAGACACAUUGCAUUCAGUGCCGGUGUAACCGGGAGGGAACGGGCCGGCCCACAUGCGACCAGGGCACCGGGGCCUGCAGCUGCCGCGCGGGCGUCACCGGCACCUCGUGCGACCGCUGCGCCCGCGGCUUCCGGAAGGAGUUUCCCUCUUGCCCUCAGUGUCACCUGUGUUUUGGUCAGUGGGAUGCUGAAAUUACUGCCCUGUCGCAGACUGCGCAAGGGUUAAUGAGGUUCGCUGCAAAGCUGGAAGAUGCAGGAGGACGAAGGGCCCGCUGUGAUGCACACUUCCAAGGCUUUGAAAACACCAUCACUGAGAUUGAAGGAAUUUUGAAACAUCCUGUUCUUUCGUUGGAGACAGUUGCGGGCAUCAAGGAUUUUCAUGCUUCUGUGCAACAAAAAGCUGCACAAAUGGAUCCGCUUCACAAUAUAUUUUAUGAAUUUCCUGACUUUAAUGGGAGAAUAGAAGAGAUUAGGGAAGAAGCUGACCAGCUCUAUGAGCUUCUACAGCAGAAAAAACUUCUACAUCACAGUUUUCAUUACUUGAAUCUCAAAGAGGCUGUCAACCACAUUAGGAAAUACUUCGAAAUAUCGUUGUUGGCUGAAAAGAAAACCAGUGGGACAACCCCUAUUGUAAGAUAUUCUGAAUACACCAGAAAGGGUGUACUUGCUAAGCUGGACAAUUUUACCCUCAAAGAAAGAAAUGUGCUGGACCAACUCAAGAUUAUCAACACCUCUGACAUCCAAACCUUGAAUGAAAAGGUCUGUGGGGCGCCAGGAAAUCAGCCGUGUGUUUCAGCUCUGUGUGGAGCAGCUCGGUGCCGAGGCGGGCACGGGCUCCAGCAGUGCCAUGGCCCAGGCUGCAGGGGAGCUCGUCCUCGCGCCACAGAGGCGUCCAGGAGAGCCAAGGAGACUGCUCUGUCCUUACAAAACCUGACUAAUCAGCUGCAGGAUCCCGAGAAUCAGGUUGAAAGCCUCAGAAAAAUGGCAGAAGACACCAAGUUGAAAGGCUCACGAUUAAAUGGGGAACUAGAGAGAGCUAAAAAUCGAAUUCAAGUGGACCGGGAGAUCACUAAGGAGUUCAUCAAAAAAGUAAAAGUCUUCUUAUUAGAUGAGAGUGCACCUCCAGAGGACAUCGAGAAGGUGGCAAACUAUGUUCUGCAAAUAAACCUUCCCCUGGCCCCGCAGGAGCUUGCAAACAUGCUUGACAAAAUCAGAAACCUUAUGAGCUACUGUGAGAAGUACGAACUGAACGUGACUAAGAGAAACAGAAAGAUGAAAGAAGCUCUGAAGCUGCUGGUGAAGGCAAAAGAAGCCGACAAAUCAGCAAAAGCUCUUCCACCUGUGAAUGAAAUUAAUAACACACUCAAAAAUGUUGUAAACUCCCAAGGACACUCCAGAAGAACUUUCAAAAACCUAAAUGAAAAGAUACAAGAAAUCAGAACACAAAUCUCACAGGCUGAGACUCAAGUGAACAAGACAAGCGAUGAACUAAAUGACUUCUCAGCAAAACAAUCUCGGAUGCAAGAUGAAAUUGCCACGUUGCAGAUGGAAAUGAUGAAGAAUAGGAAUCAAGCUACCAAUGCCAAAGCAGGGGCAGAAGCAGCACACAAGCAAGCUCAGAAUAUCAAUAAUGAAUUUGCUGACGUUAAAAGAAAGUAUGGCAUUCUUCAAGAGAAGCUAAAAGCCAAAGGACCCCCAAAGGUAACUUUAGAGAAGGUGAAACAGUUGAAAGAAGAAGCAGAAAAACUGGCUGAAGAGACUGAAAAGAAAAUCAAGAGAAUAACAGAUUUGGAGAAGAAACUGCAGGACCUGAAUCAAACCAAGCAAGACAAGGCAGAGCAACUCAGGCAACUGGAGAAACAAGUGAUAGCCAUCAAAAAUGAAAUCACUGAGCAGGAAAGCAAGUAUGCAACCUGCAAAAGUUAGGGGCUGAGCAGUCCAUUGUGUCAGGCAAGUCUGAAAUCUGUGCUUGCCACCUCCUGAACUUCCCAGCACGGAGUGGGAAGUUGUCCUCUGUAAAUACCUCUGAAGGUGCAUAUGGUAUUUUGGCAUCAGGAACAAUGUAACUUCCU